UAAAACCUUUCCGCCGAAUGCUUUGCAAUACACUUACUCAUCUUGUCUGACACCACAGCUGAAGACUUGCUUGCCAUGUCACGCUCCAAUGUCUUGAUGCCAGUUACUGGUCAGAAUUUUGGAGGUCAAGGGGCACCUCCAAGAGUUGUGGUUUGGGAGUGGCUGAAUGAGCAUGGACGCUGGAGGCCUUAUACUGCAACGGUAUGCCAUCAUAUUGAGAAUGCUUUGCGAGAAGAUGGCCGUGGACGAGUGGCAUUAGGACAGGUGGACUCACAGCUAACCCCGUACGUUAUUGACUUGCAGACCAUGCAUCAGUACCGCCAGGACACAGGUACUGUUCGCCCAGUAAGGCGCAGUUUCUUUGAGCCAUCAUCUGCCCCUGGCAAGGGGAUAGUAUGGGAAUGGGAGAAUGAUGCAGGAUCCUGGACUCCUUAUGAUACAGAAAUCUGCAUUGCCAUCCAGAAUGCUUAUGAGAAACACCACCCUUGGCUGGAUCUCACCACUCUUGGCUUCUGUUAUUUAGUGCAUUUCCAAAGCAUGUGUCAAGUCAACCGUCAGACUCAUCGGAAGCGGCGGCUUAGAAGGCGCAUGGAUUUGGCAUAUCCCCUUACUAUGGGAUCUAUACCCAAGUCUCAGUCAUGGCCAGUUGGAUCUGGCUCUGGGUUACCCUGCUCCUGUCCGCAGUGUCUCUUAGUAAACAGUACUAGAGCUGCCUCCAAUGCUAUCCUAGCCUCCCAGAAGAUUAAGGUUACCUCUGGACCCCCACCCAACUUGCCACCUCCACCACCCCCUCCCAUACACCCCCCUGGGAUAAGGCAAAGCAAUACAUACAGUGGUGGAGGUGCCGGAUGGGGCAGAACAGGGGAAGGUGGCCGUCCUGCAGGAGGAAUCCGAAAUAGCUCAGGAUUUUCCCGAAGUCAGAGUGUACCAGGGUCAGCCCCAUACCCAGGACAAAACAACCUGAACAGACCGGGAGUCCAGAGAACAAGUGGGACAAGUAGCAGAGCUUCAAUUCCUCCAGGGGUACCAGCUCUGCCCGUGAAGAAUCUCAAUGGGACAGGCCCUGUGCAUCCAGCUCUGGCAGGAAUGACUGGAAUUCUGAUGUGCGCAGCUGGAUUGCCUGUUUGCUUAACCAGAGCCCCUAAACCUAUCUUGCACCCCCCUCCUGUCAGCAAAGAGGAUAUCAAACCUGUCAGUGGUAUCAGUGGCAUCUGCAGAAAAACUAAGAAGAAGCAUCUCAAAAAGAGUAAGAAUCCAGAGGAGGUAGUGCGAAGAUACAUACAGAAAGUGAAGUCUCCACCAGAUGAGGACUGUACCAUCUGCAUGGAGCGUCUGGUCACUGCAUCUGGGUAUGAGGGUGUCUUGACUCACAAAGGGAUUCGCUCAGACCUGGUUGGAAAAUUGGGGAAGUGUACCCAUAUGUACCAUGUUCUGUGCCUGGUGGCCAUGUAUAAUAAUGGUAACAAGGAUGGCAGCUUGCAGUGUCCCACCUGUAAAGCAAUCUAUGGAGAGAAGACUGGCACACAGCCUCCCGGGAAGAUGGAGUUUCAUGUCAUUCCUCACUCCCUCCCGGGGUACCCGGAGUGUAAGACUAUUCGCAUAGUGUAUGAUAUCCCCAGCGGGAUGCAGGGACCUGAGCAUCCCAACCCAGGACGGAAGUUUACGGCUAGAGGAUUUCCACGUCACUGUUACUUGCCAGAUAAUGAUAAAGGGAGGAAGGUAUUGCGCCUGCUUGUAGCGGCAUGGGAUCGGCGCCUGAUAUUUUCCAUCGGUACCUCCAGCACAACAGGAGAAUCAAACACAGUGGUAUGGAAUGAGAUUCAUCAUAAGACUGAGUUUGGAUCAAACCUUACAGGUCAUGGAUAUCCAGAUCUCAACUACUUGGACAAUGUGCUAGCUGAACUUACUUUGCAAGGGGUCACUGAAGAUCGGCUUUAGUAAUCAGUAUGCUGGACCCUUUCAUACACAUAGGCCCGGCAGCUGUCUCAGAGCCUCAUCAGCUUUGCCCUGCUCAAUAUUGCCCCUUCUUUUUCAGGGGAUUUCAUCCUACCACAAGUGGUGACGCCACCAUACUGCCUUGAUCAUUUAAAGGGCAAAUAUGUGAUUUUUUGCAGAGCAUUGAAGAUGUAUAACAUCACUCGUAUUUCAGUGAUGCAUGGAAGCACUCUUCACAGCAUCUCAGGCCUCAUGGGCAGUGCAAAUAGCAGAGAAUUACUCUGAAGCAUGAAUUUAGUGGGACAAAGGCAAUUUGAAUGCAGCAAGUUGCUUUAAUUUAAUGAACACAGAAGAAGCAAAGCAAAUUCACCAAGUUGUGCAGAACUUUGGGUGUUUGACUAAUAUGCCACAUAAACCAUUUGUGUCUGGAUUAAGGCUCGUGGUUGGCAUUUAGUCCUGGUCAAUGGCAGAGUAUAAGGUCUUGACCCCCUAACACACCCACAAACCAAUGUGAGUGUUUAGCAUCCUUCUUACUAAUACUUCAAAGCCAAAACCCAGAGCAGCCUCCUGUCUCUCAUCUCUUGCGUGACCAAAGUACAUGUUGUAUCUGUGUGUGCUACAUCAACCAGUGAUAUAUAUAUAUAUAGAUAUAUUCACCACAAGG